AUGGCCGAUCACAAAGAUAUAAUUGAGAAACCUAAACUUAGAAUAAAUCAUGACUUUUUGGAGCAAAUGGUUGAUAUUUACACGAAUGAGAUGUAUUACAAGUUUGAGGCUGAAGUGUGUGACAGCUUUAACUACAAGUUGCAGUUUGUUAGGGAAACCGACAAUCACCGUGUGUAUCAAAUUCAAAGAAAGAAGUUCACAACAAGUAAAGUCUGUGAAAUCGUUUAUGACAAGGACUUGGAUUUGAUUUCUUAUAGUUGUAAAAAGUUCGAAAGCGCCAAAAUCCCAUGUACGCACAUUAUUUCAUAUUUGAUGAAAUUUGAUGCUGAAAUAUUGCCUGAUAAAUACAUCUUAAAGAGGUGGACUAAGUCCGUAAAAUCAGAGACAGUGGAUGAUGAAAAAGGUUAG